AUGCGAUUCUCCUGUUCUUUAGUCGCUGCACUCGCUAUAAUCUCUUCCAAUGCGCUCAGUUUCUCAAAUAGUCUUCGGUUGAUUCGAAGAUCUAUUCCAACACCCAUUUCACGCCUUCUCUCAAUCAGACAAGACAACUCGACUGAUGUAACCAGCUCGACAAUUCUGGCCGAAAAGGGGGCUGAAUGCCCGGCGGCCUGGCAAGCUAUCGUAAAAGAUUUCUCCGCGAUGUUCAUGGGACCUGACGGGCAAUGCACUGACGAUGCUAGAGCAGCAAUACGUGUAUAACUCCAUCCCCUUGAAUCUCCCCAAAAACAGAAGAACUGACAGGAAAACGCAGGAAUGUUUCCACGAUUGCUCAACCUAUACCAAAUCCUUGGGUAAGAGUGGUGGUUGCGAUGGCUCUCUCAUCCUCGCAGACGAAGUCAACACUCGACCAGAAAACAAAGGGCUUCAGGAAAUUUCCGCCAAACUUGUAGCAAUGAAGGCCAAAUACCAAAAUGCAUCAAUGGCAGACCUGAUCGUCAUGGGAUCCAGCGUGGCGAUUGUGUCCUGUCCCGGUGGACCUCGAAUCGAUACUUUCAUCGGGCGCAAAGAUAGCAAGAAACCAGCUCCAGAAGGAACAUUGCCAAGUCCUUUUCAAGAUGGAGACACUAUUUUGAAGAUGUUUCAGGACAAAGGAUUCGAUGCUGCAGAGCUAGCUGCCUUGAUGGGCGCACAUACCGCAUCCAAGGCCGGAAAUGUGCCAAAUAUUACUGCUGGUACACCACAGGAUACCACUCCUGGGAAAUGGGACAUUGAAUACUAUGCUCAGACAUACAAACCACAGAAGGGCAUGGCAACAUUCCCAAGUGAUGUCAGUUUAUCUAAACAGAAAGACGUGGGACCAGCGUUCAAGGCUUUUGUAAAUAAUAAGGCUGAUUGGGAUGUCAAAUUUGCGGCAGCAAUGGAGAAGAUGCAGCUUUUGGGUGGGUUGGAUAGGAAAGAUAUGGUUGAUUGCACGAGUUUUAUUCCAAAUGGGACAGCCAAGCGAGAUAUGAGAAGUGCGCCAAUCAAUGUCAGAGUUCGUUAG